CAGCAUUUUUCAGCUUGCAGACGCAGUCCAGCAGAUUUCAGGCACAUGACCACUCAUCUUCCGGAAGUGACGGAAAAGCUGCCGCGCCGCAGUGGAUUUUGGGACAUCGUGCCAUAUUGACACACGACAGAAAUGGACGCGGGGUUUUUCCGCGGCACCAGUGCGGAGCAGGAUAACCGCUUCAGCAACAAACAUAAGAAGCUGUUGAAGCAGCUGAAGUUUGCAGAAUGUCUGGAGAAGAAGGUGGAUAUGACCAAGGUCAACCUGGAAGUCAUCAAGCCCUGGAUCACCCAGCGUGUGACAGAGAUCCUUGGAUUUGAGGAUGAUGUCGUCAUCGAAUUUGUCUUCAACCAGCUGGAGGAAAAGAAUCCAGAUGGGAAGAUGAUGCAGAUUAAUUUGACAGGGUUUUUGAACGGGAAGAACGCUCGGGAAUUCAUGAAGGACCUCUGGCCGCUGUUGCUAAGUGCCCAGGAGAACAUCGCCGGAAUCCCGUCUGCCUUCCUGGAGCAAAAGAAAGAGGAGAUCAAACAGAGACAGAUCGAACAGGAGAAACUCGCCUCUCUGAAAAAAAUAGAUGAAGAUAAAAGGGAGAAAGAGAUCAAAGAGCGAGCUCAGUCAAAAAGCCCUAAAAGGAGGAAGUCCCGCUCCCCUGUGAAGCGUGACCGUAAAUCCAGUCCCUCUCGUUCUCCUCGCCGAAAACCGAGCCCGGCUGCCUCGCCGCCUUCUAGUCCGCCCAAUAAUAAAGAAGAACCAAAGCAAGAACCAGACCAAUCAGAGAGCUCCAAACCAGAGCCACUUGUUCAGGAGGCUUCCUCUACCAGUGAUCUAGUGGGUGAGAUGAAGCCGGACUCCUUGUCUGAGGCUGUGAAAGAGUCAUCUCCAGAAAAAACAUCCAAAUCUGAAGACAGGCCCAAACCCAGGGACCGGGACAGAGACAAGGAUGGACGGAGAGAUCGCCCACGCCACCGCUCUCGUUCACCUCGCUCUCGCAAACGACCUCGAUCCCGCUCUAGGUCGUUCUCUCCUCGCCGCAGGAGUCCCAGGAGGCGAAUCUCUCCAAGACGUAGGAGCCCCCCUAGACGGCGACCUCCCUCUAGGCAUAGACGUAGCCGUUCACCUGUCCGCAGCAGGCGGCGCUCUCGCUCUCGGUCCUCCUCAGGCAGCUCCUCCUCUCGGUCACCCCAUAAGAGAGCAGGGAAACGUAGGUCAGCUACACCGCCCAGAAAACUUCCACGGCGCUUAGACCCCGCCAGCCCCUCCAGAAGACGAGGCCGCAGUCCUUCUGGACCAGAAACCAGCCCUUCAGCUGUAAAGCACAGGCCUGGUGGAAGAAAUGACACUCCUUCUCCAAAACCCAGACGGUCCGAUGCAUCAGAGUCUGAAGAGGAGAAGGUGGGCAAAGGGUCAACGGCAGAUUCUGUCCAGCAGCGCCGUCAGUAUCGGAGACAGAAUCAGCAGUCCUCUUCAGACACUGGUUCAUCCUCUUCUUCUGAAGAUGAAGGACCAAGGAGGCAGAAUAGGGGGGCAGGUGCCAGGAAUGGAGAAAUCAGAAGGCGGCGGAGCCAUUCACCUGCAUCACCACGGAGGCGACACAGAGAUGUAUCCCCAAGAAAGAGACGUUCUCCAUCACCUGCUGGCCGUAGACAUCGAUCACCCUCUCUUGCUCGCCGCCACAGAUCUCCAUCUCUACCUCACCGGCGUUUCACUCCUCCUAUCCAGCGCAGAUACAGUCCCUCCCCUACCCCAGCUCAAAAAAGACGCUCAUCAGGGUCUCCUCCCAAACGUAGAAGGACUCCAUCCCUGGUAUCCAAACAUAGAGGGUCUCCUUCACCUGGGUCCAAGAGGAGAGGGUCUCCAUCAUCUGUGUCCAAGCAUAGAGGGUCUCCUUCACCUGAGUCCAAGUGCAGGGCAUCUCUCUCGCCAGUACCGAAGCGUAGAGGGUCGCCCUUCCCUGUGGCCAAACGUCGCUCCUCUCGAUCCCCCAAACGAAGCCGUGGCAGUAGUCCAGGAAAAAGAGGUACUCCGCCCUCGUCUGUUUCGCCUCCACCCCGCCACCGCAGAAGCUCUCCAAAUCUUCCUGCAGCCCAACGGGGCAGAGAUGCCUGCUCCUCUCCGUCUGCCCAUGCAACUCGAGUGCCUUCCAGUCCUCCGGCUCGAUACGGGCCCUCGAGUUUAUCCCCACAGAGACAAAGACGUCAGACAUCCCCAUCUCACAGCACCAGACCCAUUCGCAGGGUUUCCCGCACACCAGAACCACGCAAAUCUCAGAGAGGUUCUCAGAGCCCCCAGCCUGUAAGGAGGCAGGUUUCACAUUCACCAUCUGCUUCUCCUCCUCCCACGGCUCACAAGCGGCCUGCUUCAGUCUCACCCUCUCGUUCUGCUAGCCGUUCUCCACCUCCACCUGCCAAAAAGAACAGCAGUGUCUCCCCGAGCCCAUCACCUAACAAGAACUCAGAUGCAGAAGGUGGUAAAAAGAAGAAAAAGAAGAAAGAGAAGAAACACAAGAAAGAGAAAAAACACAAGAAGCAUAAGAAACAGAAGAAGGAGAAGAGUGGAGAGGAAAAGAGUGGAGGGGCGGCAGGAGGACACGGACAGGAAGCAGAGCCAGACUCUGACCAGAAAAAGGAAUCAGAGAGUGAAGUAGAAGACAGUUUGGAUGAUCUGGAGAAGCACCUACGUGAGAAAGCUCUUCGCUCAAUGAGGAAGGCCCAGAUGUCUCCAUCAUCUCAGUCCUGAGGGAUUAUCUACCACACCCCACAUUUCCCAUUUUCUUCCACUCUGCAUUUUAAAUGUUUGAUGUUGGUUCAGCUUUAGAAUGUACAAAUUGUUAAAAUUCACCCUAGACUUUUGUUUGGAUUUUUUUUUUUUUUUUUCCUAGGAAUGUUUAUUGCUGAGGAGUUUUAUGAUGUGAAAAUGAUUGACCAGCUGAAGCUGCUUGAUCAGAUUUUGUCCUUCUCCACCCUUAAAUACUGUCGACGACUGUUUAUCCAAAAAAACAAAACAAAACAAAAAAAAAAAAAACUUUUUUUAGUCCCCAGUCCCCCUCAUGAUUCCUGUGUUGCUUUUACAGUCACAAUGAAACAAAUGAAAAGCUUAUUUGCAGUUCUGAGUUAAUAAUGUACAAGUUGGCCUGUGGAUUCUUGCUUCACUUCAGCAGGACAUUUUACGAGUGUUUUGUUUGCAUGGACGGCAGACCCCAGUGUGUUUGUCCUCUUGUGUGCAUGAUCCAUAAACCAAAACACCCAGAGAGCUGAUCCAGCAGGCUGCUCUCUCUGUUCAUCUGAGCAUUGUGGCAACGCACGAGUGCUCUACUGUGCACAUGAGAACAAAUCAGAAAAGUCUGUUUUCAUCCUUUAUUUUUUGCUUUAUAUUUUUUGUAACCUAAGUUGUGUUUGAAAUUGUUGAUCCCUGCAGUAAUUUCUGGCUUUGAACAAAGUCACAUUAAAAUAUAAGAAAAUA